CUGCACAUUCACACAGGGCAGCGGCCCCACACGCUCCGGCUGCCCACGGGCUGGGGCUGCGUUGCCCUUGCUGAGCGGUAGGAGGAGAGGGGUUCGCUUGACUCUGUUGCCGCUGUUCGCAUCCCCUGGCUCCAACGGGCUCCUCCGGCUGCAGCGGGGGAGCAGAGGCAGCAGGUCCCCGCGGCGCCUGGGCGUGUGCAGCCAGCGGCAGGUUCGGCGGCCGGGGCCAUGCGUGCCGGACAGACAAAAGCCUGGGGGAGCGAGGCGUGAGGAAAGGCGCCCAGAGGCGGAGAGCGAGGCGCGUACGCACAGAUCCAUCUUGAAGCGGUUUUGCCUCCCGCUGCCGCCGCCGCCGCGCCAGGCUCGCCGAGAUCACCGGGCGCUAGGGGAUGCCAGCUCGCCUCCUCUUCCAAUGUUUCACUGGGGCAAGUGGAAGAAAAGGAUGGGAGCGACCACUUCUUCCUCCAAGAGACCCGUGUUCGAUGAGAAGGAGGAUGUGAAUUUUGACCACUUCCAGAUACUCCGAGCAAUCGGGAAGGGAAGCUUUGGCAAGGUGUGUAUUGUACAAAAGAGAGAUACGGAGAAGAUGUAUGCUAUGAAGUACAUGAACAAACAACAAUGCAUCGAAAGAGAUGAGGUUCGAAACGUGUUUAGAGAAUUAGAGAUCCUGCAGGAAAUUGAACAUGUAUUCUUGGUGAAUCUCUGGUACUCUUUUCAGGACGAAGAAGACAUGUUUAUGGUAGUGGAUUUACUCCUAGGUGGUGAUCUACGGUAUCAUCUACAGCAAAAUGUUCAAUUCACGGAGGAAACAGUGAAGCUUUAUAUUUGUGAGAUGGCACUAGCUCUAGACUAUUUACGAAGUCAGCAUAUUAUUCACAGAGAUGUAAAACCAGACAACAUUCUUCUAGACGAGCAAGGUCAUGCACACCUAACAGAUUUUAAUAUUGCAACAAUAAUCAGAGAUGGUGAAAGAGCAACUGCGCUAGCUGGAACCAAACCAUAUAUGGCUCCAGAAAUUUUUCACUCUUUUCUGAAUGGUGGGACAGGCUACUCCUUUGAAGUUGAUUGGUGGUCUUUAGGAGUGAUGGCUUAUGAACUUCUUCGUGGAUGGAGACCCUACGACAUCCAUUCCAGUAACCCAGUAGAGUCUUUAAUUCAGCUGUUUAGUACUGUAAGUGUGCAGUAUUCAUCAGUAUGGUCAAAAGAAAUUGUUGCUUUAUUGAGAAAGCUAUUGACGGUGAACCCUGAGCAUCGAUUUUCCGGCCUCACUGACGUUCAAACUUCAGCUUACUUAUCAAAUGUCAUCUGGGAUGAUGUCUGUGAGAAGAAGGUGGAGCCAGGCUUUGUUCCUAAUAAAGGCCGUCUGCAUUGCGAUCCCACCUUUGAGCUAGAAGAAAUGAUCCUGGAGUCAAGACCCUUGCAUAAAAAGAAGAAAAGACUUGCAAAAAACAAGUCUAGGGACAACAGCAAGGACAGCUCACAGUCAGAAAAUGACUAUCUCCAGGAAUGCCUCGAAGCAAUCCAGCAAGACUUUGUCAUUUUUAACAGAGAGAAGUUGAAGAGGAGUCAAGAUCAAAUGAAUGAAUCUAUUUCUCCUCCUGAAACUACAGAUGAAGCCGAGACAGAAGCCGAAUCUGAGAAUUCCAAUUUAAACAUGUGUAGCUCAGUAUGUUCUUCUACAGGCAGCAGCUAGGACUACAGUUUCAAGGCAAGGGGCCAAAAACCUACACGCUUCUUGAAUAAAUCAUUCUCAGGUUGCACUGAUGAAUAUAUACUGUACACUGCAUACUAUAAUUGAAAAAAAGUCACAAAAUCAAUAUUGUAAAGCUGUAGCAGAGGUAGAUAGUUCUUAAAGAACUGAAUUCAUGGAUUUAAAUGAUGGCCAGUUCUGAACACUGGAUUAGCUACUAUGAGGAAAAAAUACUUGCUAUGCAACACUUUGGAGAAAAUAGUUCAGUUUCUUUCUUUGCUCUUUUUUAAAGGCAGAUUGCUGACUCAGGCAUGUUUGAACAUGGUAAGUGAACAGGUCAGAUCCUUGCAUAUGAGCAAGGCGCACACAGCACAAGUGUGUGUUUGGGAAAGAUUGAGAAGAUGAUGUAAAGCUCACCUUUGCACUCCGCCAGAGCUAAGAUUGCUUUUUACAGGAUUGGCCCCUUGUGUAAAUUGGAGAAGCCCUCAGGCUGCUCUAAUUAAUGACAGGUGCUAACAGCCUCAAGGGACUAAAUAGCUGAGGAGCGUGCAGUUUAAGAGCACCUCAGUCACACCCUCUUUCCUCUGGCUGCACUCUACAUGUAGGAGCCUCUCUGUCAACCCAGUGCAACUGGAUGCUUCUCCUUGCACUGGGCCAAUCCCAGAGGGGCUGGAUAUACUGGCUUUACAAAGAGAAUCUGUUAGUGGAGUGGCACAAAGUGGUUGCACUGCACCAAAGGAUCUGGUCUAAAAUAUUUAAUCUCCUUGUAUGGCUGUCCUUAGCUACAAGGAGCUGUGCACAUUACAAGCCAAUGAAUCAGAAAUUAUUCUAUUUUUUCAUCACAUUGAAUUAAUAGGGCCUAAAUUCUAUUGGAUUUAGGUUUUACUGGAAAUGAAUCCAGUGAGUAGCCAUAAAAUGCUGCUCAAUAAUAGAAGAAAGGUGAUGUCAGUUUUACCCAUCUGUUUACUUUAUUCUAAGUGUAAAAUAAAGUACUGUACAUAAUCUGCUGGUACCUGUCUUAACUUUUCAUUAGGAGAGGAGAUCUCUUGACUUUGCUCCAGCUGUGGAUAUUGUUUGUUUGUUUCAGAAGCCUUUUCUAUGUUAGGCUUAGUGGCUUAUUCUACUGUAUAGUGGCUUUAAGUUACUAUUACUGAAAUCAAGCCAUCAGUUCUUCUACACCAUUCAAUUACUGUGCUGUGCAUAUAUCUCAUUAUAAUUAUAUCCACACAAAAGCUAGCAAAAUCUGUUACCAGACCUUAAGAAAUCUGCCAUGUUUGCAUCCUUACUGUAUGUUCCUGAAGCAUAAUGGAUAGAGAAUGUUUUUAACAAAUGCAAACGCUUUCAAGGCAAUUUCUGCUGUGUUGAUGUAUAGUUUGGAGUAUCCAUGAAUGAAACAAAAGGAAUUACCAGUGUAAAACAAUUUUAUAUGUAAAACAAGACAUGCUUAUCUUUCCACAGUUUUAUGUGGAAACUAGUAAGUGGUGAAAAUUGUGCAGAACCAAAUUUUAAUAAAAAAUAUUCAAGUGUGCAGGCACAACUUGUGGGGGGGGAAAAAGACACCAAAGCUUUUAUACCAGUUGCACAGUUAUUUUUAGGACACAGCCAGGUAAAUGGUAUGUCCUGUUAGUAAUUAAACUGUAGAAGACCAUGGUUCUUGCUAGAGCAUGGCCAUCCACAUCCUAUCAUUCAUAGUAUAAUCAGAGCUGUGAGAGCUUGAAUAAGUCGUAAUGUGGGGAGCCACUCUUUUCAGAGAAUAAAUACCAUCCAGCUAUGUUAAUGUUCCUAGAUAUUACUAUAAACUAUCCCUGCUCUAAUGAUAGGUUGAAGUAAGGGUUGGCUUAUUUGAGUAAAACAGAUCUAAAAUAAAUACUCCCCUCCCUUUCGCCCCUUCCUUACCAGCUACAGGAGAAUAUUUACCUCCCCAGCUCUGAGUCACAAACAAACUUCAAAAGGGAGAUUUUUUUUCCUUUUCCUUCUGCCCUGCAGUAACAUUCCAGCUGAUUACCAAAUCAGCAAAAGAAUUCACACAGCCAUCCUCCUUUGCUGUUCCCUCCAAAGGCAUAUUAAAGCAUAUUUGAAUAGAAUGUAUGAUCUGGGCCCUAUACUUUGAAAGAUUUCAAUGAACAUUUUUCUAGCAACACUUUGCCCUGCUACUCAUGCAUUUUGUUAUCAGGUUCCACCUUCCUCCACUUACAUUUUAUUUUUGUAAAGGUAAUGGACCUAAAGCCUCACAUUUUUGUCUUGAUCCAAGACAUACCUUGCUUUGCUCUAUCUCUCUUCCCCUUUCUGUUGCAGAUUCCCAACCAGCCCAUUGUCCCAUGGCAGGGAAAUUACCUUUUUAAAAGAAUCAAAAUUAAUAAUAAGUGCCAUAGGCAUCUUCCAAAAUAACAGCUAUUUACUCUCAUUCCCCAGUCCAAUGUCAGAGUACUCAAUAUCAUGUCUCUUUCUUGUGUUUGAUAAAAAGAAUCCAAUAAAAAAAGCUCUGAGAAGUAGGUGCAAACAUACCUCAACUUGCCAAGCCUCAAAUAUGGGUUGCAAUGUGUGGCAAAGAUGCAAAGUGAAGGGGGCAAAAAAUUAUUAAUGCAGGAAACUUAAAUGUUGUCAGCCUCAGUCUGUCGUAUAGAUGGAUCUAUCGUGUCAGUUUCAUUAUUCUUUAUUUCUCAUGUAAAUAAUUUUCACCAAUAAAAUGAUGGCACACCAAAAUAGUGAGGAACAUAGGUAGCGAUGGGAAUGAAAUGAGCAAUGUUUGACAGGCAUGGAUGCACGCCUAACAAGUUAAUGUCAAAAACUCCCUCUGUUUAAAGGAGCUCUCUGCAGCUCAAUUAAAAUAUACUGUAAAAGCAAAAGCAAUAGAACCCAUUCACUGCUGUAUUUAGCACAUGGUGUAAGUGGUUUCUAAAGCUGAAGUAACAGCGUAUAGGAAUGAACUGACUUUUCCAGGUCAGGCUUUGUUUAUUUCUCAUUACUUCCACUUUUUGUCACUUAUCUUUCCUGUAUAAACCAAGCAGAAAUGUCUUUAGUAGUACCAAGCAGUAAACAGAAAAGCUCCAAUGAGGACACUGCUUGUAGGUCAUUAGGGCCCAAAUUCUGGUCGCCCAGAAGGCACUGCUGAAGUGCAACAUAUUGUUUCCUAAGGAAACAAGAUCUGGAAAACGCUUGUGCACACACUAUUUCUGCCUCGAUUAAAUGUAUUUCUAAAUCUUGAUCUCCGAGAAGCAAAUGACAUGAGAAAGAGAGACUUUUAGAAUUAUUGUCCUAUGUAUUUGAAUCACCUUGAGUACAAUAUAAUUUUAGUACUCAUUUUCUGUCUUAAAUAACGCAUGCAAAUGUACCUCACUAACACCCAUCUGGGAAAUACUUUUACUGAUGCCUAUUUACACAUAUUCCCUAGCGAAGAGAUUACAUGCAUAUAGUAACUGUAAAAAGAAGACAAAUUGUAAGACAUGGAUACAUAUUUGCUUUAUUGUUAAACAAAAAAAUGAGGUGUAAUAUGAUGGGCCAAAUUCAUCCCUGGUGUAACACCACUGAAUGUUCUAUACCAUUUAUGUUUGUAUGUUCUCAACAUAAAAUUUAUAUUUUGCUUUAGAAAAAAAUAUGUGAAAGGAUUUUGGACUAUGCACUCCAGCAUAUUUUACCAGUUCUUCUCUUUGCUGUCUAUGGGGUAUCUGUUGUUUGGGGUGUGUGAUAGAAUCUAUAAUAAUGAUAUUGUGAUCAUUUUAAUGCUGCCUCUUUACUUGACUGGGUGGCAUUGUCCUGAUUUCUAUGUUCCUUUUAGGAGUCUUUGAUUAAAACUGUAUAAUCUUCUGGACAAAUUGGGCCUGAUCCAAUGCCCUUUAAAGUCCUUGGUCAUCCUCCUAUUGCCUUCAAUGGACAUUUGAUUGGGCCCUUUUUGUCUAUUUCAAAUAAUGCCCUGUGUAAAACUUCAUUUGAUAUGUAUAAAACUUUUGAGGGCAAUAGGAUUUUUUUCUUUGUUCACUUAUUUCAUCAAUACCAUGUUCCUGGUACACAAUCUUUUACACAGACACAUACAGUUAGACCUCUUUAGGAAUCAAGAGUUUAAUGCAUAGGCUUUCUGCUGUACAGUGAAUUAAUGUAUUUUCUAGUCUGUACUUAGGUCCCUUGUUUAUGACUAAGGCCCUCAGUGAGCAGGACUAAGUGGGGUAAGAUCAGAGUCCCUAGCUUUCUAAUUCUUCUACCCUUGUAGCCAAUAACAUUAAACAAAUAUUUACCUUGAGUGCAGAGUUUGUCAACACUAAUCUUUGACUGAGGAAAGGAAUCAUUCUUUUCUGAUGUUGUUUAUAUUAUUUAUAUUCCUAGCUAAACAAAUCCAUUUUCUAAUGUAAUCCAAGAAGUGCUUUUCACAUUCCAUAGGGCUUGCCCUAGGUAAAGAUUUUAGUAUUUGAUCAUUUAAACAAUUCUAAUGGUUAGUAGAAGCAAUUCUUAGACCCCCUGGAGUUCUGGAAAAUGGAGAUCACAUGUUUUACCCUGGCUUUUAUGUUUACAUGCAAGGCCCUUUAGUGUAAGAUAUUCAAGAACACUUGUGACUGUGUAGGGUUGCGGCCCAAUUCCAAUUUCUUACACCCCUCAAAAACACAGUGGGAAUUUUGGGAGUAAAUAAUGGUAUGAUGGGCAGUAGGUGAAUAGUAAAUCCUACUGCCAGAAAUGCUUUUACAGCAGUGGCAUGGGAACUUUAUUUGAAAUAAAAUAUGAAUCAUGUGCCACUUAUGUCUGAUUGUACCAGUGGCAAAAACAAGACUAAAGAUGUGCAUUGCUCAUUGCAUUUUAUGUAACGAAUGACAUUAAGUUAUUGUAGGACUCUAUUUUAUUUGUGAAUGGGCUGGUUCCAAUUAACAAUAUAUUUUUGGUUUGAAUCUCUCUGCACCAUUUCUCUUUUUACUGUAUCUCUUAUUUUAGAGCCUGCUGCUGCACUUGGUCCACAAGCAAAACUACCAUUGUAAUUCAUGGACUACAACUAUCAUUUGCAAUUAUUUCCAGAGCGGACCACUAACGCUGGUUGCCAUCUCUAGCUCUCCUACCAGAACCACAAAACUCAAUUGAAUCUGCAUGAGAUAUUCAAAUGCUCUGUGUAUUAAUCAUUCUUCAUGAUACAUCUAUACAAUCUCUUUGUGGUUUUCCACAAUCCAUUGUACUAGCUGUAUGCCAUUUUUAAUGGAAUCAUCAUCAAUUCAUUGCUGUAAAAUAAGUAAUGUCCUCUUUUCUCAGUUUGUUGCAUUGGAAAUUUCUGAAAAUACUUUAAAAACCUUCCAAUGAACGCCAGCUGACUUUCCUGGGAAUUUUGCAUGACAAAGGCAUGCAGGAACUGUCCCGUAAGGGUAAAUUUUUUUUGCUAACUAUUUAUUGGUCUAUUCCUUGCCCAAAAGAGUAAAAUAAAUAACUAUUUUUUAAAAAACAGUAGAAAUGUCUACAACAGCAUAAACUUGACUUGGAACAGUGCUGAAAUACUGAUGCCUUGCAGGCUUCUUAUUUAUUUAUUUAUUAGUUAUUUGAGUGCAAAUCACAUAUGUAAGUAUAUCUUUGUAUUUUAUGAUAAUACAAUUCUGUAAUUUUUAUUGCAUGAAAACACCACCAUAUUACACAAGAAAAUUUAAGUUCUGGCAAUAUAUUUGUGUUUUUGCAGAUACUGCAGAGAAGCCAUUGCAUUUGUGGAGUAAUAAAUGUGUAUUUUUAAGAUAUCUGGAAAUUUGCAAUCAUUUCUAGAUUUAUUGUUCAAGAGAAAUAAAUUAAGUAUUGUAAGGA